UCAUCCAUCCAUCCAUCAUCCAUCCAUCAUCCAUCCAUCCCUCCUCCAGUUUAUCCAUCCAUGUUGGUGAUUGGCCACAGUCCAACCCUCUGUCUAAUAAGUGCAGUCUAAUAGUGCGUUCAUAUGUUCAUGAGUGUCCUGGUUGUGAUCAGGUUUUGGACUCGGUUGUGUUGCACAUGGAAACACCAUAUCCUGGUUUCAGAAACCUGUAUAAGCCCUUAUCCCGGUUUUGAGAAACCUGGAUGUGCUAGCUGGAGCACCUGAUCCAGGUCAGGAUAUUCGGCGUAUGUAGCAGUUGGUCAGUAAAAUAAAUAAUGCGAUGGUGAAUGGUGUAAUGAUGGCCAGCCUGCUGGAAUAAAGAGAAAGUGUGAGUUGGUAACGCAGAUUAUAAAUUGGAUUGUAGCUCGUGUUUUCUGUAACCGUGUUCGGUAACGCAGCCUGUACAGAAACGAGGUUUCUCAUGUUCCAUGUUAAAGCCACGUCCUGAAUAUGAUCAAAACCAGGACACCAAUCACUGAUUAGUAUAAAUAAAUAUCUCUACAACUACCGGCACGCUUUUCAUUAAAUUUGUGGAUAUUGCUGGUAAAACUCUAGGAAUCGAUAAAUCAGUACGAUGUUGAUUGUUCAUAUUGUAGCUUCAAAGAACACGGCAGCAUCUAGGAGGCGCUAACAGGACUUUAAAAUCUUCAUGUUUGUUUCAACUCUUCAUUUAUGUCCCCAUAACAUUAGUAAAACCCACCACACACACACACACACACACACACACACACACCAGAAAAACAGAAUAUUUCCUCGUCAUGUAGUGAGUCCAGGCUGUGAGGUUUAUAAAUGAUGAAUCAUCCUGCCUCGUUAGCCUCGUUAAAAGCUCGUUAGCUCAGCGGCUGACCCAGCUGAUGUUCGCAGUGAAGCGUCAGGGAGGAAGAGGAGCAGGUGAUGAAGGCAGCAGGAGGGAUGAAGAUGGGGAAGGAGGAGGAGGAGAGGAUGAGCAGACACAGCGGCCUGACAGGAAGGAAGCAGCAUGUCACUGAACGCUCAGCCUCAGGCGCACACACAGUCACACACGCGCGCUAAAUAAAGACACACACACAUUCUCCAAAUAAGCUGAGGCUCAGUCGCCAUGGCGACCGGGCCAUGUGACCUGCACCUCCUCUGUACUCCUGCGGAGGAGAAACAACUCAGAACAACACAAACAAAACACGUUUCCUUCUCUGUAUUGUUUCAUCGUUGACUCAUGAGUACGGCGUCGGUAGCGCUUCGACGCCAGCGUUGCCACGGUAACCGAGCCCGGCGUAGGUGCAGUCUAGUGUGCACGUGUCUGAACAGACCACAGUGUGUAAAAAUAUUUCUGACAUCACUUGUUUUUCUCUGAAGGGACGUGCCGACGGCUGGCGCUUGAGGUUGACCAAAAAACUCACGUGGACACAAAAAUAGGCAACAGCGACCGAGCUGCAACCGCCACGGCUCACUGUGAGAGGCCAAGACACCUGUCAGUCACGGGAAACAGGCCCUGACCUCGCCACUGACGUCCAGCCGCUGUGCCGUCACAUGAUGCUGGUGUUGCAUUUAGUUAGCGUGUCCUCUGACUGUCCUGACGAGGAAAGCUCCGAGUUGAGCAGAAUGGACGGCGCGGAGGACAGUCACCGCAUCCCCCCGUCCCCGGUCGUCCACGUCCGAGGGCUCUGUGACGCCGUGGUGGAGGCCGAUCUGGUGGAGGGACUCGACAAGUUCGGCAACAUCUGCUACGUGAUGAUGAUGCCGUUCAAGCGGCAGGCUCUGGUGGAGUUCGACAGCGUGGAGAGCGCCGAGCGCUGCGUGUCCUGCGGAACCGUCUGCAUCGCCGAGCAGCAGGCCUUCUUCAACUUCUCCACCAGCCAGAGAAUCACCAGACCCACCAACGCAGACGACCCCGCCGGCGGAAACAAAGUCCUGCUGCUGUCCGUCCAGAACCCGCUGUACCCCAUCACCACCGAUGUUCUGUACACCGUCUGCAACCCGCUCGGUAACGUCCUGCGCAUCGUCAUCUUCAAACGCAACGGCAUCCAGGCCAUGGUGGAAUUUGAGUCAGUGGAGGACGCCCAGAAGGCCAAACUGGCCCUGAACGGAGCCGACAUCUACGCCGGCUGCUGCACGCUCAAGAUCGAAUACGCUCGGCCCAGCAGACUGAACGUCGUCCGCAAUGACAACAGCAGCUGGGAUUACACCAAACCCUUCCUCCUGCACCGAGAGCGGGGAAAGGGGAGGCAGCGUCAGGCCAUCCUGGGAGAGCAUCCAUCCAACGGCUACGUUUGUGUCUCUGCAGGUCCACACUGCCCCCUGCUGCCUCUGCCUGCUAACAGCAGGUACAGGAGGAAUGAGGAGGUGCAGGACAUGAUCUCCUACCCGCUGCUCCUCCCUAAGACCCCCUCCUCCUCCUCCUCCUCCUCCUCCUUCCUGGGCCACACCGCCUCCAGCUCGGUCGCCAUGGUGAGCGGCCUCCAUCCCGCCAAGAUGAACUGCAGCUACAUUUUCAACCUCUUCUGUCUCUACGGCAACGUGGAGAAGGUGAAGUUCAUGAAGAGCGUUCCCGGCACGGCGUUGGUGGAGAUGGGAGAUGAGUACGCGGUGGACCGAGCCGUGACUCACCUCAACAGCAUCAAGGUGUUUGACAAAAAACUCAACGUCUGUGUGUCCAAGCAGCAGGCGGUGAUUCCCAGCCAGGUGUUUGAGCUGACUGACGGCAGCAGCAGCUACCAGGACUUCAGUCUGACCAGAAACAACCGCUUCAGCAGCACCCAGAGCAGCAGGAACAUCAUCCAGCCGCCUGCCGCCGUCCUGCACUUCUACAACGCCCCGCCCACUCUCAGCCAACAGCAGCUGCACAAGCUCUGUAUUGAACACAACGUCCCGGCCUUCACCAAGUUCAAGGUCUUCGAUGCCAAACCAGCCAGCUCCAAGACUCUGUCUGGUCUUCUGGAGUUUGACAGUAAAACCGAAGCUGUGGAGACUCUGACCGUCCUCAACCACCACCAGAUCAGGAUCCCCAACAGCUCCAACCCCUUCACCCUGAAGCUCUGCUUCUCCACCUCCUCCCAUCUGUGAGCCAGAAACAAGAUGGCCGCCACAGACGCCCGGUCCUCCGGGACGAACCAGAGAGGAAGUUUGUUCGUUGUAAAAAGAGAAGAGGAUGGACGGAAGAUUAGAGUUUUCCCUCUGAGGUGUUUGAAGGGAUGAUUUUUGUGUGUUUCUCGUUUAUUCGACUCAUUGUGGAGCAGGAAGUGAUGGAGGCAUUUUGAAGAAGUAAAGCACCUCGAUGACCGUGCAGUGAAUGAGUAAAUGAUGAGGACUGAGCUCCUUUAAAACUGAUUUUCUUUUUCCUGAAUGAUGUCAGCAGCAGGAAAUCUGCUCCGGCUGAAAUGUGAACAACAGCUGAACAGUUUCAUUAAAUCACACACGAGAAAUCAAAUCAAUAAACGAUGUCAUCCUCCACAAAAGGCCCUUUCAUGAGAUAACGGUAAAGAUAUCCGCUGUGACUCCAUAAAGAUUUAGUCACGGUGAAGCAGCUUUUUAAACAGGAAGCGGUGAAAAGUGUAAACCAAUCAGAUGUCAGCCAGGAAGAGAGAAACUUGGUUUGGUUUUAUUUUGUGUGUUUACUGUUUUGUCAUUUUAUUUAAUUUGCAGCUGCUGGUAAAUCAGUUAGUAGUUUUCUUUGUUGGAUUUAUUGAUCGGCUCAUUUGAACCUCAGUUUUUCUUUAUUUUAACGUGUUUCAGUGCUGAAUGUCUGGGUUUCCUCUAUAACUGAACUUUUUUCUGAAUGACUUCUGAUGAACUGAUGAACUGAUGAACGUCACCGUAGCUUCGUCUGUAGUUAUCAGUCUAGACGUGAAGAGACUUUAAAGCACAAGAUUAUUCCUGGCCAGUGUUGAACCAGAUGUUUACAGAAUAAUCCCAUAAAAUCCUUUUUAGCUUUGGUUGUUUGAAUUGUGACUUUUUAAGUAACAGUACUUUUUGUUUGCCUCUUUGUGUACUUACACUCGUGUGGUCCCAGAAACUGAACAAAUGAAAUUUGAGUAUUACUGCAAAUACAGUCAGCAGUAUCUGUAACUGAAGAACAUGGAGGCAAAGCCCCGGCCGGGCCACUAGCGUGCAGCAGACACCAGCUGUAAAUGUAUCUGUGAUGAACAAACAGGCGGCUACUUCCACGUCAGGUGGCCCUCGAUGGGAGGCCCACGCCGCUCUGCUACUUUGCAAGGUUGUAACUUCAGCUAGUUCUGCUGCACGCCAGUUGCAAAAAAAAAAAACUUUAAUCCUGCUUUAAAACACAGUGCGGCUCUUUGCCAUUAAAGCUAUCGGUGCAAAUGUCGUGUGUGAUGGUGAAAGACUAAGCAGCUAGCAUGACGCUAAAUCAACCAACCGUAUACCUGCUAAACACAUCAGCUUUUUAAAGCUCUUUCAACAGACUAACUGCAGCCAGUUAGAAUAACAAUGACUGUAUAUAAGACUUUUAGCUCAGUGCAUAAUCUAAAAGUAAAGUCUGUGUUAGGAUGCUAAUGUUAGCAUGUUAGCAUGUUAGGAUCCCACAUUUAGAAAGCUGGAUAAUCCUCAGAACUCGCUGUCAAACGUUUUCAUAGGGACUAUUUCUUCUGCAGUUAUGCUGAGUGACUGGGAAAGACGAGCUUUUAAAUUCUUUACAUGUUGUUUUUCAGCGCUGUGAGCAGCACAGGUUAGCUAAACUAGCAAGCUAAACUUCACUCAGCUCAGAGACAGAUGUCUCCAAACAUGGACAAGUCCAACCACGACUGUCUGCAUGCACGGAUACCGCUGGAGAGAAGAGAGAAAUAACUUUUGCGUUUAAAACAUCUUGAGCGCAGAUUCUUACUGGCGGAUGAACAGAACCAUGUUUGAGGUGUCCUCGUGUAUGAUUUUAACACCUGACACCUGUCAGCCAAUCACAAGCCAAGUUGUCUGUACAUGGGUGUUGAUGGUAAUAAACGUUGUGUCAGUA